AUGAACAGCUUUGCGGUGAUUUUGGCGUUCGCUCUGGCAGCCAUUGCCGUCGCCGAGCCGCCCUCCGGAUACAACUACCGGCCAUCCGGUGGCCACGGAGGAGGCGGUGGUGGUGGUGGCUAUAGCCACGGAGGUGGGGGCGGCGGCGGCGGCGGAGGCGGCGGUGGCGGCGGCGGAUACCAGCAAGUUUCGCCUGGUGUCCAGACCUCCGAGGGCCUGAACGUCGAUCCGCAGCUGCUGAACGAGAUCCGACAGAUUCUGUUGCGCGAGGAGAGCCAAAGUUCGUCGUCGUCGUCGUCGGGAGGUGGCGGAUAUCCGUCGGCGCCAUCCGGUAGCUACGGUGCGCCGUCCAGUAGCUACGGUGCGCCAUCCGAUUCGUACGGACCGCCGUCCGGUGGCCACUCGACCCGCGUCGUCGGCAUCGAUCUCGAGGGCGUGAAACAGGCCAUCCAGGUGGCGCAGUUCCUGCAGACCUCGUCCUCGUCCUCGUCGGUCCCAUCCGGCUCGUACGGUGCCCCGUCCGGUUCCUAUGGCGCCCCAUCGCGCCCCUCGGUCCCGUCCGGUUCGUACGGUGCUCCCUUCUAA